AUCCAUGUUUUUCGCUUCGUAUAAAGUUUCCUCGAAUGUAUUAACGUUUGAAGCUCUCCAGGUAGCGAGUCCCAAAGAUAUUUUUGUUGGUAUUUAAAGCGUCGACAGGAUCACUCCAUCACUCCUGCACAGAGCGCAGCAAAACGGCACUGAGAAAGAAUGAUGCACAUGGAGCAGACAUUUCAAGAAGUGUCGCAAUUUCCAGACACAUUGCCGCGACGACUGAGGAACUGCGCCUCGAUCCACAGCCACAGCCCACGUCCACUCGAUAUGAACCUCACGAUGCGACAGAUGCCGGCCCGGGAGAGUUCACAACUUCGGUAUACGGCUCCAGCGCACACCGGAUAUCCUACACAGUACAUGGCCCCGGAACACAGCAAACAUGUCACACAGUAUACUGCCCCAGAUCACACUGCACAUCCUGCGCUACACACCAAUCCGGAUGAAUUUAACUCCAUGGCUCUCGAUUUUGCCUACCCGGACAGUCGUUUCCAGAGCACGCUCCAAUCUGCGCCGCCUAGUCUCUACAAUGUGGCGGCGCAACAGUAUACACAGGAUUACCACGCCGGUCCGGUUACUGUUGACGGUUUUCACUCUUCCUUUAACAAUCUCCCGGUACCGUCCGGUUCUAACACCACAUCACAAGCAAAGAGCUUGCAGCCUACGCCCGAUUUCGAUCCUUUCUUUCCCAUUUCCCCCGUCUCCCAGGGGACACCGACGUCUCUCACUGGCGAACCACAAGCUGGGCAUUUCCAGCGCCCUUUUAAUAGCGUUCCUGGACUCGCGGACAAUCUCCAGCCUGCUUCGAACUCUUUCUCUGCCCCGCCGCAAACGUGUAGUCCGAACGUCGGAUCACACGCCGGGGGCCUUCAGCCUUCCUUUAACGAUGUUCCUGCGUUCACGGCCACUGUGGAAGGUAGUCGGGUUGGGAACGCGUCUCGAACUCAGUCCCAUGACACUAUGUUCCCUACGUUCUCAUCGAAUUCUUCCCUCUUCGCGCCUCCACUACCAGCUGCUCGGAACGUCGGGUCGCAGACUGGAUACCUUCAAUCUACCUUUGACGACACUCCUAGGUUCACGCUCAACGCGAAAGGCAACCAGUUUGGUAAUAUCCCUCAUCAGCCGCACCAGCACACCAUGGGCCCUUUCGUCCCAUCUAGCUCUUCCUCUGCGGGGUUUUCCUCCUCGCCGCUGCCGCCAUUGCCCCAACACCACAAGCGCCCCGACGGUGCCACCACUUGUAGCAUACACGGUCAUACCUGUGACGCCUUUCUUCAUGAGAAUAUGGCGGGUAUGGCUAAGUGGCUAGACGACCAAAAUCUCUGGCGAAACCCAAAGCACCGCGCCUAUGCGCGUCCGGCGAUGGACUUCCUGCUUGGCAGGACCGGGCUUGACAGGGAGGCAUGGCUGAAGAAGCGUGCAGACGAACUCUAUCAGCUCUUCAACCCAGAGUCAGAACACUGGACCCCUCUGGCGAGCAUGGCGGAGAGGCAAUUUCCUCGAGAACAAUUCCGAGAGGAGUGGUUAAAGAAGCGCGAAGAAGAACUCUACAACCUGGGUACCAGAAAGAUGUAUCGAAUCAGUAAACAAUUGGAUUCACGCAAGCCUGGAAUCGACUACGAUUCCGAAAGCAAAGGUAGCCAUAGCAGUCGUUCCUCUCGCUCCGGUAAAGGUCGUGGCCGCGGCGGUUCUCGCAAACCACCGAAAACAUGAAGCUCAGAACGUCAAAGAUAUCGUGUGUCGCUGCUCACCGCCCACCCAAGUAUUUGUGUGAGCAGCAUCCACGUUUCAGGAGCAUUCGUCGUAGGAGCGCCGUCCCAAAAUGGUCUAACGUACGCUAUCGGUUCC